AUGGCUCCCCUCACACUCGGCUACAACGACAAGCAUCCAUUCACCCAAGUCCCCAUCACAGAUCGCUCAUCUGUCCAGGAGCUCCUCCGAACGCUCCUCGAUCCCCUCGAGCCCUUCUUCUCCCCGCAAAAAGCCCUCGUCAAAUGCCCCGGAGCCACGGCCGUCAGAUUCGACCAGAGGGCGUCUGAAGUAGAAGGCUUUUUCCGGCCGCUAUGGGGCCUGGCGUGUCUGCUGGCCGGAGGCGGCGAGUAUCGCCUCACGGAGUGGUGGAUUCGGGGCAUCAGUGCUGGGACUGAUCCCGAGAGCCCAGAGUACUGGGGCUUUCCGCGUGAUAAUGACCAGAGAAUGGUUGAGAUGUGCCCAUUUGGAUUCGCGCUGGCCGUCGCCCCAGAUCUUUGGAAAGGUCUUUCAACAAAAGAACGAGCUAAUGUCGAGAAUUGGCUGGGAAAUUCUAUCAAUGAGAAAAACAUGCCCAACACGAAUUGGCUCUGGUUCCGCGUCUUUGCCAACCUCGGUCUCAAGCAAAACGGAGCCAAAUACUCGGAAGAACGGCUAGAAAGCGAUAUCAAGCACCUCGAUACCUUUUAUCGAGGAGAUGGCUGGUCCAACGACGGUCCUGAGGGCAUCCAUCAAAUGGACUAUUACUCCUCCAGCUUCGCCAUCCACUUCCUCCAGCUCCUCUACGCCAAACUCGCCGGCGAGUCGGACCCUUCUCGCGCAAAAGAGUUCAAGCACCGCGCCCAGAUCGCCGCUCUGGACCUCGCACACUACUACGAUGUCGAAGGCCGGGCCAUCACUUUUGGCCGCAGCUUGGUCUACCGCUUUGCCAUGGUCUCCUUUUGGGGCGCCAUGGCUUACGCCGAUGUCGACCUCCCGGCGCCCUUGACGUGGGGCAUGGUCAAGGGCAUCGUGCUGCGUAAUCUACGGUGGUGGCAGACCAAGAACGACAUCUGGACGUCGAGUGGGACGCUGUCGCUCGGGUUUGCGUACCCGAGCAUGUAUGUACGUAUUACCGAAAACUACAACAGUCCUGGCAGUCCAUACUGGUCAUGCUUAGCCUUCAUCUGCCUAGCAGUUCCGGAACAGCAUCCGUUCUGGACGUCCAAAGAGGAGCCCAUUAGCCUCCAGAUACCAAAAGUCAAAGCCAUCCGACAACCAGGUCACAUUACUAGCUACCUUGGCGGACAUUGCAUGCUUCUGUCUUCGGGCCAAGCCUGUGGCUAUCCAAUGAAGGCCACGCAUGCCAAAUAUGGAUGCUUCGCGUACAGCAGCGCCUUUGGAUACUCGGUGCCAUCCGGGCUUUUCUCCUUGGAGCAAUAUGCGCUGGCAUCACAGCUGGGGCUUUCGGACGACGGUGGCGAAUACUGGAAAACGCGGAGGCUGUCAGAGUACGCCGCCAUCGAAGAGCGAGACGGCCAGCCCAUUCUCGUUUCAGUAUGGAAGCCUUUUUCCGACGUCAAGGUCAAGACGCUGUUAGUGCCUCCAGCUGAGGAAACCCCGAAUUGGCAUCUGCGAGUACAUCACAUCCAAGCCGGCCGAGAGGUCAUGACGGCGGAUGGCUCGUUUGCCAUCCUCAACGUCAACUCGGAAAACGGCAGAUAUCUGGACCUGUACGACGCAUCCAAGUGCGAAGGCACCAGCCCCAAGAUCAUUGGCAACUACGAUCUCAACUCUCCGGCGGGCUGGGACACGGGCAUCAACGGAGCCUUUGCCGCGGCGCCGAACCGCGGAGCCGUGGGCAUCAAGGCGCUCGAGGAGGGCGGACGGCAGGCCAUGCUGGUCAACGCCGACCCCAACACGAACCUCAUGGACAGUCGGACGACAAUACCGACGCUGCAGCACACGAUCCCGCAGGGUCACGGGGUGUGGUACGUUUCUGCAGUCUAUGCCAGGCCGGCGGGUGACGGCGUGCCCAAGGAGAGCUAUCUCGAUGGAUGGAACAAGCCGCCGGCGAUCCCAGCGUGGCUAGCUUUGGAGAUGGCAGCAGCUUAGAGCGGGAUGUAACGGUGCACAUGUGGAUGUGGCUUUUUCUUGCCAUUGAAACCAAGUAGUAGCUGUGUAGAUGGAAACCGUGUUAGAUAUUGUGAUGAGUAUUUGAAGAGAGCGCCGUUGAAAUUGAGCCUCAUCUCAUCU